AUGACGCCUCCUUAUGCGCUGUCAGCUGGUGAAAUCUAUGCCUGUGCCUCGCAGAAUGGAAGGAAAGCCACAUGGAGACAGCCGCCCCGGAAUGAGGCAGCUCGUGCGGCAGAUCGUGCCACACUGGCAUUCUACGGUCGAGACCACCCUGCAGCUGUCACACACUUCCCCAAGGAAUCUUACCAGGUGCACUGCGCAAUCCAUGACAUGCAUUGCAGGCCCCAUGUACAAUGGCAGGACAUGAUGCAGGAGGAGAAGAGGGUGGGGAAGGAUCUGGAGAAUUUCUUGACUGGGCUGUCGCCCGUCAGCCUGCCUGCGCCAUCGGCAGCACACCAGCAGGCCAGAGCAGAAAGGCCGCUGCCGCCUCCGAACAUCCUCAGCUCACCAAUCCACGCAGGAGCUACAGACACAGCCGGAACACACGCUGUUUCGGAAGGCCCUGAGCAUAUAGUUGGCGGCAGAACGCCACAGCUGCGGGCAGUUACAGAAGCCGGCACAGCAGAGCAUACGGAGGAGCCUGCGGGCCGAGCGUCGGUGUCGGGGCGGAAGGCGCUGGAGGCGGCGCGAUUGGCGGCGGCUGCGCGGCGGCAGCGGCGGCCGGAGGGGGAUCGGGCGCGGCGAGCCGGCCUUGAGGCGCUGGACGCGCGGCUGCGGCGGCUGCGCGAGGAGCAGCGCGUCGCGCACCUGCUCGACGCCCUCGCCGGCACAGGGGAAGGGCAGGAGUGGUGGUAUGCGGCGGAGCGGCGGCCGCGGCGCAUGUUGGAGGCUGAGCCGCCAGCCGAGGUGGACUGGAACACGAAGUUCACAGGACGCUUCGCUGACUGGGCGCGGCCUGGUGACAGCCGCUUUGUCACCCCCCAUGACUACGCUGCUGACCUGCGCCACGCCGAGAGGUGCAAAGCUGCGGGGGUGCCAGUCGUCUUGAAGCGGGAGGAUGAGCGGCUGUGCACCUGCUGCGGCUCGGCGCACCACACCGCUAAGAACUGCCCCAGCCGCGUGUAUGCCAAGGAGUGCAGUGAGCAGCAGGCCACAGCCGGAAAGGGCAAGCGCGGCGAAGAGGGGAUUGCGGAAGGGCCGGCAUGGGCGGCGCAUAUGCGGCCAGAGCUGACGGCGGUGAUGCGCUCGUUGCAGCAGCUGUCGGGCGCAGCGCUCGGCAGCCCCGGGAUGAAGCCGUUCCGGCACCUGCUCGGCAGCUUCUCUCCUGAUGCCCUCCUGGCGCUCGGGCUGCUCACAGAUGAGGCCAUGGCAGCAGAUUGGAGAGAUGCUCAGCCGCAAGGCCCCAUGUCGGAAGACACCGAAGACAGAGAUGCAUGA